AAUUACGCGCGGCACAUAACAACACGGUCAAAAUCGUGCCUUCGCACUGCAAGAACACAGCAGAGCGGUUCAGCAUGUCGGGCGCCAACGAGGACCUUGAGCCGGAGCACACGGAGGGCUUCAAGGUCGGUGAGAAGAAGACUAUUGAUGAGUACCAGCAACUAGACCAAAACGACGAAUCUCUGCGCAAAUGGAAAGAAUCCCUAGGUCUCGGCACGGGCACACCAAUCGGCGACCCCGAAGACCCCCGAAAAGUCAUAAUCAAAUCUUUGGGCUUGGAAGUCGAAGGACGUCCCGACAUCAUCAUCGACCUCAGCAAGCCGGGCGCGGUAGAAGAUUUGAAAAACCACCCCUUCACCAUCAAAGAAGGCGCAACUUUCCGCAUGAAAGCCCGCUUCAGCGUCAACCACCAGAUUUUGAGCGGGCUGAAGUAUCUCCAGGUCGUUAGUCGUGGGCCGUUGAAGAAUAAGAUGCAGGAGAUGAUUGGCUCUUACUCGCCUAGCACGACUGAUAAGCCGGAGUACGAGAAGAAGUUUGAGGCUGAUACCGCGCCAUCUGGAAUGCUGGGGAGGGGCAAGUACAAUGCGGUUUCCAAGUUCGUUGAUGAUGACAAUAUUACGCAUUUGCAAUUCGAAUGGAGUUUCGAGGUGAAGAAGGACUGGUAGAGGUAGAGGCAGAAAGAAAAGUAGGCUUGAUUUACUUCGUUCAAAAUGAGGCAUGAAUGAAAAUCCCGCGGGACUUUGAGAAUGAAGUGGAACCUCAUUUGCUUUCGCUCCG